AUGUGGCCUCUGCUGGAUCUGGAGGAGCUCACGCCCGCGGCUACCGCUCUCUUGCGCGACGCGAUGCCGGUCAUUCCGGCGGCCGCCGGCUCCAACAGCAGCGACGGUGUGCCACCCGAUGUCGACGCCUUGGCGUGGCUUCAACUGUGGAGCACCAAGCUCACGCGCUAUACGCACAGGUACCCUCAAGAUCUAUGGGACCUGCCGCGCUGCUGUGCGAUCUUGCGCGAGUGCAUUCACCUGACGGACGUCGAUCUACCAAAUUACACGUCGGUCCUUGAGGCCGUCACGACACCCGCGCACCGCGUCGCAUCCAUCACAACGCCAUGCAUCGAGACGGACACGAGCUUCCUCAUGGCCUUGGGCCGAUGGCUCGAGUCGAAGCACGCCUCGUCCUUGACGCUCGAAUACCAACACACCGAUCACCGAGCCGCAAUCAGCGCGGCGCUGGCGCCAAUGCUCGCCAAGACAACGUCGCUUAAGCGUGUAAUACUGUACAGUAGCGCGCCCGGAGUUGUCGCACCCCUCGUCGCCGUCGCGCCGUCGUUCAAGCGCCUGAAGCAAUUGGACAUCUCGGUGGACGAGGCCGACAAGGCCGCGUUGGUGCAGUUUCUGCAGCGUCUCAACAGCGCCAAGCUGUCGUCGCUGCGCGUCGUCUGCGAAGAAAUGAACCUCAGCCCGCUCUUGCGCGUUCUGGCCACGUUCCUAGCGCUGACGUUCCUCGAGCUCCGAGACGGCUACUUCGUGUCGAACGUGCUCCCAGCCGCCGGAGGUUUGUUUCCGCCGACGCUCCGGCACCUCGUUCUCGACAGCACGCGCUUCAACGCAGACUCCUGGCGCGUCUUCGCCGCCCACGUCCCGCCCACGUGUGCCAUGAUCGUCUCGUUGGGCGACUGGAUUCGCCGGGGCCUCCGGCAGAUCACCUUUCAAGAGUCGUACCUCGGGGACGAAAAAAUCGAGGCGCUCGCGACGGCGCUGUCGCACGCAGCGAGUCCCGUCGGCGUCGUCAUCGAUAUCGACGACACAGAUCUCUCCCGGUCCACGUUUGUCCACGUCGACCGCGCCCUUGCCACCUGCCGUGGCAUCUCGAUCGCACUCUCGCCGCUACGGGGGCUCUUCAACCCCCAGCCUCCGAUUCGAUAUGUCAAGCACCGCUAUGAACACGACGGAGACCGCGUCCGCCGUAUCGUGCUUGAGAGUCCCGCGCUCACCGCCUAA